UUCAGUAAGGGGGGCAGCAAGGGCCUCGGUCUGCACCCUGUCUGCUUCAUGAGCAUAUUGAUUAGAGAAUUUUACCAUGUGCAUUUGUUGCAGUUGAGCGUAAAGAUCCAUCACUGCGGGAGUCGGAGCCAGAGGAUCCUGGGGGAGCUCUACAGGCCAAACGGUAGCGUUUCGGAUGGGCAACAUCCCCACCUCAGUGAAGCACUGUCUGAGCUAUGAACAACUCAUUCAGGAUUAUCCGUGGCUAGGAAGCCGGCUGCAGGAGGAGAAGUGUACUUUAACACGUGAAUAUCCAGAGUAUGUUAAAAUGAUUGAAGUUGGACCAAGAGACGGACUUCAAAAUGAAAAGGAAAUGGUUCCGACAAGAGUCAAAAUCCAGCUGAUAAACAUGCUCUCGGAAACAGGCCUGCCUGUGAUCGAGGCCACCAGCUUUGUGUCUUCAAAGUGGGUACCACAGAUGGCGGACCACACUGAAGUGCUUCAAGCCAUCCACAGAUCUUCUCAUGCUCGUUAUCCUGUACUGACACCCAACAUGCACGGCUUUCAGGAUGCUGUUGCAGCUGGUGCUACUGAAGUGGCUGUGUUUGGGUCUGCCUCUGAGACCUUCAGUCAGAAGAAUAUCAAUUGCUCUAUUGAUGACAGCAUGCUGAGGUUCGAGGAAGUCAUUUGCACUGCUAAACAACAACAGAUUCCAGUCCGUGGAUAUGUUUCUUGUGCACUAGGAUGUCCAUAUGAGGGACCCAUUGAACCCACUAAAGUUGCAGAGGUGGUAAAGCGGUUGUAUGAACUGGGCUGCUAUGAGGUGUCUCUGGGGGACACUAUCGGCGUGGGCACCCCAGGCUCCAUGGCCAAGAUGCUGCACUACGUCAUGAAAGAGGUACCCAGCAGCGCUCUGGCCGUUCACUGCCACGACACCUACGGCCAGGCUCUGGCCAACAUCCUAACUGCACUGCAGAUGGGGAUUUGUGCGGUGGACUCAUCUGUAGCAGGUCUGGGCGGGAGCCCAUAUGCCCAGGGAGCCUCUGGUAACGUGUCAACAGAAGAUGUUCUCUAUAUGCUCCAUGGCAUGGGCAUUAAAACUGGAGUCGAUCUCUCCAAGGUAAUAGAGGCAGGUGAAUUCAUCUGCAAAGCCUUAAAUCGCAAGACCAACUCCAAGGUAGCCCAAGCAAGAAGCAAGUCCUUGUGAUUAAUCUGUGCAUUGAUACAAGAAGAAGAGAAAGACCUUUCCCUUUAGCACAGUGUUUUGUCGUGUUGAUGCUGCAUAUAGAUAGCCCAUGAUUCUAUACAAAGUGCAAUAUACAUACUUUUUUAAACCACAAUUGAUGGCCAUUGAGCAGAGGCACUUUAUUAAAACGUUGUUGGAUAAGACCAACUUAAAUUCAAGAAAUAACGGAACUUUUUUAACCAAAACACCUCUUCCAGUUAUCACGUAUAGUCUGUCUGGUAGGAGGUGAAAGAUAGAGACGACUCCUCACUAAGCUGUGAAAGUUAUUCAUGGUGUUUCUGUGGGGGUCUCUUCCCAUUCAUUUCCAGCUCAGCAGGAGAGUCCUGCUGGGUUUUAAACCAGUGAGUGUCGAUCAUUGUCUCCCUCAAAAUGUAUUUGGUCUCCCUCAAAAUGUAUUUGGUCUCCCUCAAAAUGUACUAUGUCUCCCUCAAAAUGUACUAUGUCUCCCUCAAAAUGUAUUUUGUCUCCUUCAAAAUGUAUUUGGUCUCCCUCAAAAUGUAUUUUGUCUCCCUCAAAAUGUAUUUGGUCUCCCUCAAAAUGUAUUUUGUCUCCCUCAAAAUGUAUUUGGUCUCCCUCAAAAUGUAUUUUGUCUCCCUCAAAAUGUAUUUGGUCUCCCUCAAAAUGUACUAUGUCUCCCUCAAAAUGUACUAUGUCUCCCUCAAAAUGUAUUUUGUCUCCCUCAAAAUGUAUUUUGUCUCCCUCAAAAUGUAUUUGGUCUCCCUCAAAAUGUAUUUUGUCUCCCUCAAAAUGUAUUUGGUCUCCCUCAAAAUGUAUUUUUCUCCCUCAAAAUGUCCUUCAAGUCCUUCGCUCUAUUAACAUGGAAGUCUGUCUGUCUCCACAUGUAAAAUAUUGAUUUGUCAGCAAAUGUUAUUUGUCAGGUGCCAAAUACAACUGAUAUAGACUUGCUUAUAGGCUUGCUUACGAGCCCUUCACAACGAUGCAGAGUCAAACAAAUAAUAGUAACACAAUUCAUCCUCACCAGUGCAUGACCCCAUUCGAAACCAUAUAGAUGGUUGUGACUAUUCAUUUUAUUCUGUAGAGUUAAAAGCACAGUAGGCGGCAGCUUUAUGUUGACCUAUUGUAUGUGCAAUAGUCAGAGGGGCCAAAUGUAUU